AAUACCUAUUUUUUUUUUUAAACAGAUGAUCGCAGAAACGUUAUUUAUUUUAAUCCCCUGAAAUAUUAUUGCAUUUCUUAAUAAAUGGCUGCGCAUAAGUUCAAAACACCAUCUUCUGCAAGAAGACAUAUAAAAAUAGAACAGUUUUCUCAGUUUGUAAGUGCUACUCGAUUAAGACAUGUGCAAAACAUUUUAGCUAAUAGAAAAGCUGGAUCAGCAGAUAUUGAUGGCAUUCUUUGUAUAUCUGGCGUUGACAGUCGCUACAAUGAAGGGAUGUAUGAGCUACUCAAUUAUUUACUCUUUGGGUUCUUUGAUGCUAGAAAAGAAGAGUUAGAAAGCUCAGGAUUUGCUGAGGAAGUUAUUGAAGAUUUGAUGAUACUAAUAUGUAGUGACAGAGUUGAAGUAUACUGCAAUCCAGUCAAUUACCAUUAUUUCCUCCCAUAUGUUAGCCACUGGCCUGGGCUAGUAUUUCAUUGUUUAACAGAGGAUGAGUACAAUAGGGAAGAUGAUGAUACUGUUGAAGAGUUUAAGAUUCGAUCCUUGAUUGCUAUGGUUGGUUCAUUCAAAGUGAUUGGAUUACCGUUCAGUGGAAGAGGCCAGGAAGCACCAUUCAAUGUAAUGGCAAUAGAGAAAUGGCCUAUCAUACAAGCUUUUGCCCUGGAUGAUUUUGGAGGAGGAGGAUUUUUUUCUCUAAAAUUCGAGGUAAUUGACAUUAGCUCUCAAGUCCACCAUCUGCAGGACUUCCAAGAUCCAGUUUCUGUUGAGCAUUUACUGACUGAGCACUUUUCACUGAUGGCUAGACAAUGGGACAACAUGAUGAAAUGUGUUCAAUUAUCUUUGGAAUCUUCUUCAUCUGUUUUGUCUCAGAAAAAGGUUACAGAGCCUAUAAGAAGUUAUUUUCUACAUGGUCUGGUUGGGCACAAAGGGAACGUCGGAAAAGUCCCGUUUGUCGUGUUCAGUCCCGACAGCCACAGACAGCACAUGCAGGAGCUAAAGGACGGGAGAGAUGUCCAGCUGUCAGACCUGUCACUCAAGUGUGACCGUCCUUGUCACAUGAUUUGUCAAGUUGCUUCCCCUCACAACCCUUUAGCAUGCACAAGAACGUAUUUCUUCUGUAACGAGCCUUACAUCAUCACUAAAGGAGGAAGCGGAGAUGGCUUACAGCACUCUCAUAAGAAUACAUUUUUAAGGUACACUGUUCACAUCUACUUGUCUAUGAUCAAAUCUGUGCUGGCUGCCAUACAAGUAUAUGCUUGCACAGCCAGUGUCAGCAAGCUAGUGUGA